CGCGUCAUUCGCCGCGGUCAUCCCUUUACGGCGAUCCAGGACUGUCCUCUUACCACCAUGUUCGCUGCCCUAGACAUUGAUAUCCGACCCGGAAUAGGACUGGGGAUCUUUGAGAUUGGUUCAUCGUUAUGGAGCGUCCUGGAUACGCUUCGGAGAAUGCAGACUACUUUUCCACAGGUCGACAUCAAAUAUGACCCUGACAGUUCGUCUACAACGCCAAUCGUGCUGCACCUACGCCCCCACUUGGAUCUCUUGUUCUCUGGAAAGCACCAACGUCUUCGAGCGAUCUGCCUACGUAAACUACGAGACCCUAAUCCUCCAUUGACCCUUCGCUACAAGGAUGCUUCAAUAUCCUCUUCAGAGGACGUCCUUCGGAAAGUCGAUGUUCGACGCUUCUUUGGACCCACAUAUCCUGGCGAUGCCUUGCGAUAUCCAGGACUCUGGUUUAGUUUCGACGAGGAUGGAAUAACAGAAGGAAUCAAAGGAGUUCAGUCCGACGAUAAGAUGCAAGAGGUGAAGCGAGUGUUCAUUUCUCAAAAAGAAGCGAACAAAGAUCAAGCCGAUGCUUUGGAUGAGGUUGAGGAAUGCCCAAGCAUGGAUGGCGAUGUUGCUUUGGCCGUUGUGAAAGUAAAGGAUGGUGUUACACUUCAUUUUCAUCCUUUAGGUUCAAAAACAUUGCACGUCCGGAUAGGACAGACAACUGCACAGGACCUCAACAUUGGACUCGGGCCGCCACUUCGUGUACACUACAAGGAAGACGAACGAAUGUCUAUUCAUUCAAGCAACCAAGACUCUGAUCUUGGUACAGAGACUGGAUAUUUCUACAACUAUUUCCAGCACGGGCUAGACUUUCUUAUUUCCAGCACAAACCAUGUCGUUCAGAAGAUCGUCCUACACACAAAUAUUCCAGGAACACCCCUAUUUCAGCGUUACAAGAGAUGCAACUGGGAAAUCGAAAGCUCUCCAGAGGAUGACGAAGACGACACCCCGCCACGAAAGCGCUUUUAUGACAGAUUCGAGACGAUAAGCCACUUCCUCAGUCCACAUGAAACUCCACCUUCAAUGCUGUUAGAUCGUACGGACGACGAGGAAUUCAUUACGCUACCAAGUUCAACGACCCGUCUUCACGGUUAUGAUGGUAUCAUUUUGGAGGUGACCGAGUCCUCGCAAGUUGUGUCUGUUAUGCUCUUUUGAAACCCAGUUUCUGGAUGAUAUCUUAUGUACCUGUACACCUCGUUAUUGUAUCU